GCGGAGGCGCGGCCCCGGGAGGGAGGAGCUGCCCGCGCGCCCGCCGCUCGGCUGCACAGCCGCCCGAGCGGCCCCGCCACGAGACUCUUGACAGCGGCGCGGCCCGCGCGGCUCGGGAGCGCCGGGACCGACGGACGGCGGCGGCGAGGGAGGACGCGAGCGCUGCUGCCGGCGGCCGAGGGCGGGAGGCGCGCGGGGCUCGGCGGCGCGCGGAGGUCCCCUCUGAGGCAGCUGGAGCUCAAGUCUCCCAUCUGUGAGGAUCUGGCCAGCCAGAAGAGGAAGGGAGGAUGGCAUGGGGCUUACCCAGGCCUGAGCAGUGAGCCGAAGCUUGUUGGACCUGGAGCACCGACUGGGAGGCUGCGCUGCUGGAGUGACUCAGGAAGAAUUGAUGCUCUGGCCCCCAGCGACAUGUUCAUGGUGUAAUGACAGGAAAUGAGCAGGUUUGCAGAAAAACUGGUGGCCUGAAAUUGAAGCCUAAGGAGUCGGUGCUUGGCUCUGGCUGAGAACAUGGCCAAUGACAUUGAUGAGCUCAUAGGCAUCCCUUUCCCUAACCACAGCAGCGAGGUGCUGUGCAGCCUCAACGAGCAGCGCCACGCGGGGCUGCUGUGCGACGUGCUGCUGGUGGUUCAGGAGCAGGAGUACCGGACGCACCGCUCAGUGCUGGCGGCCUGCAGCAAGUACUUCAAGAAGCUCUUCACGGCUGGUAGCCUGGCCAGCCAGCCCUAUGUGUACGAGAUCGACUUUGUCCAGCCUGAGGCUCUGGCUGCCAUCCUGGAGUUCGCAUACACCUCCACGCUCACCAUCACCGCCUCCAACGUCAAGCACAUCCUCAACGCCGCCAGGCUGCUGGAGAUCCAGUGCAUCGUGAAUGUGUGCCUGGAGAUCAUGGAGCCUGGGGGCAACGGCGGCGAGGAGGACGACAAGGAGGACGACGACGAUGAUGAAGAUGAUGAUGAGGAGGAGGACGAGGAGGAGGAGGAAGAGGAGGAAGAGGAAGAAGAGGAUGACACAGAGGACUUUGCUGACCAGGAGAACUUGCCUGACCCCCAGGACAUCAACUGUCCCCAAAGCCCCUCCAAGACAGACCAUCUCACAGAGAAGGCCUUUUCAGACACACCCAGGGACUUCCCUGACUCCUUUCAGCCUGGCAGCCCUGGCCAUCUGGGAGUGAUCCGAGACUUUUCCAUUGAAUCUCUGCUGAGGGAGAACUUGUACCCCAAAGCUAACAUCCCUGACAGAAGGCCCUCCUUAUCUCCAUUCACCCCAGAAUUCUUCCCACACCUCUGGCCAGGUGACUUUGGUGCCUUUGCCCAGCUGCCUGAGCAGCCCAUGGACAGUGGGCCACUGGAUCUAGUCAUCAAGGACCGAAAAAUCAAGGAGGAGGAGAAAGAGGAACUGGCCCCACCCCCGCCCCCUCCCUUCCCUAGCGACUUCUUCAAGGACAUGUUUCCUGACCUGCCUGGUGGGCCACUGGGCCCCAUCAAGGCGGAGAACGACUAUGGUGCCUAUCUCAACUUCCUGAGUGCCACCCACCUGGGGAGCCUCUUCCCACCCUGGCCGCUGGUGGAGGAGCGCAAGCUGAAGCCCAAGGCUUCUCAGCAGUGCCCCAUCUGCCACAAGGUCAUCAUGGGGGCCGGGAAGCUGCCUCGGCACAUGAGGACCCACACCGGGGAGAAGCCGUACAUGUGCAGCAUCUGCGAGGUCCGCUUCACCAGGCAGGACAAACUGAAGAUCCACAUGCGGAAGCACACGGGGGAGCGGCCCUACCUGUGCAUUCACUGCAACGCCAAGUUCGUGCACAACUACGACCUCAAGAACCACAUGCGCAUCCACACGGGCGUGCGGCCCUACCAGUGCGAGUUCUGCUACAAGAGCUUCACGCGCUCCGACCACCUGCACCGCCACAUCAAGCGGCAAAGCUGCCGCAUGGCGCGACCCCGGCGCGGCCGCAAGCCCGCCGCCUGGAGGGCUGCCAGCCUGCUCUUCGGCCCAAGCGGUCCCGCAGCCGACAAGACGGCCUUCGUGAUGCCACCCGCGCUGGGCGACGUGGGUGGCCACCUGGGCGGCGCGGCCGUGUGCCUCCCGGGCCCCAGCCCCGCUAAGCACUUCCUGGCGGCACCCAAGGGCGCCCUGAGCCUGCAGGAGUUGGAGCGGCAGUUCGAGGAGACGCAGAUGAAGCUGUUCGGACGCGCGCAGCUGGAGGCCGAGAGGAACGCGGGUGGCCUCCUGGCCCUGGCGCUGGCCGAGAACGUGGCCACCACGCGCCCCUACUUCCCGCUGCCCGACCCCUGGGCGGCCGGCCUGGCUGGCCUCCCUGGGCUCACCGGCCUCAACCACGUGGCCUCCAUGUCUGAAGCCAACAACUAGGCUGGCCCUGGUCCACCCCACUCCCAAACCCUGUCUUAAGUCCCUCUAAAGCCUGCCCUGCCCACCCAGUGGAUCUGAACUUUCUAGUUUGCAAACACAAAGGGAAAAUGAGAAGAUACGCUUUAGCUGAGAUGCUAUUCUCCUGGCCUUCGAGGGCAGCGUCUCCCCUUUGCUAGUGUCUGACCUGGACAUCUCUCCCCUAAGGGUUGGGGGCCCCCAGCUCUCCCUGGCUGUCUCUGAUUCACUUAGAAACACACAGGGCGCCAUGUCUCAGAAAGCUCGGUGCUGGUGCCAGGAGCAUUGUGCCGCGGUAUGGGGCUGGGAGGGGGGAGCAGUCUGACCAGAGGGUUAUCGGAGGAGCCAGCAUGAGGACUGUGUCCUGACCAUGCACCUUGGUUGAGACGGAAUCAGGUUCCAGCGCAGAAGUCCCAGAUCCAAUUGAGCAAUGCAAAUGGGCCACGGGGAAAGACAGUCCCUACUGGGCAGACAGGCCUCCUGCAGCUAGGAGCCGGCAUGGAGUGAGCCUGUUUUAUAUUGGCUUGACCUGUGACCUCAGGCAGGUCAACCCUUAGGUGCCUCAGAGUCACCCUGCUGUGAAAGGGGGUGGUAACUUUUCUUCCCCUCCCCCUCAUACCUCCACGUGGACAUCGAUGUUAGCCCCCCAUGAGACAUGGCAGAACUAGACAGGGAUAGAGAUAAGCUGGGCUUCAUGGCUUUCAAUACCCGUCCGUAGCCAGCUCCAAGCACCGCAAAUUCUGCCCCACUUCCUGGCAGGUCACUGUCCUAUCUGGGCACCCAUGGAACAGGAGUCAGCAUUGGCCCAUCCCACAUGCCCUCUCGAGUCCAGUCUCCUUGAGCUGACACUCAAGGGAUGGGAUCUAACAGACGCUACCUGUCCACCUCCCCCACCCUGGAAGCGUCACAGCAGCUAGUCACCUACCCAGGGCUCAUCUGUUUGCUUCUUGAGUGGGGGUUUCUCCAGGCCUGGGCUUUGCUGGCUACACCCUUCUGUUGUGUGUGAGCCCCCGCUCCCCCUUUCCAUAUCUGACCAAAGGGCUCCAGUGCCAGGAGGUGGAAUCCCGCAGGCUGUGGUGAGCUCUAUGCAGCCAGUCACCCUGGUUCUGGGUUGGUAGUAAGACAGCUUUGUUGGCCCGUGCCUUCUUGAGUUGGCAUUGGUUUCUUGAGAUCCCAGGGAGGAGACUCCACCUGCUUGGAAGGCCUCUAAGCCUGGAGUCCCAAGCCGUUGGUACAUGAGAUGCCGUUCUUCCAAUACUGAUUGCCUCCGCUUUUUCAUGUACAAAUCAAACACAAACGAAAAGGCCAGAGAAGACAGCAGACCCUGUCCCUCCCGAAGCUCCCGAGAGAGAGUCCCUGCCUGCCGGUGCCAGCAGAUGACAGUCCCUCAGGGUGGCUUUCCCUCAGAUAGCCCAUGCUCCUCAUGCUGGGGCAGCUGCCCCUUAGAUCCCUAUCUGUCGUUCACCCGCCAGCCAAUAGGCACACUGUCCCACCAGCCAAAUGACUGCAGCUGAACCAGACUCAGAACCAGCAGAGGGACCCCGGGAAGGCAGUGGUGUCAGGCUUCUGGUUUUAUUUUGUAAAGGUAAUGACUUCUUAUAAACUCACUUUUUCAGAUGACGGCUUAGUGGCUUUUGUCGUUUGUUUCUUCUGGGCUGCAAUUUGGAGUUGUAUGUUGUAAAAUACCCAAAGAUGUUGAGUACUGUAUGAGCAAGCACUUGAAACAAAUGGGUCGUGAGGGAGGGGUGGGAUUUUUUUUUGUUUUAUUCUGUUUUGUUUUGUUUAUGUUUCUGACUUCCCUGUCUGUCUAUGGGAGAACUUUGGAUUUUUUUUUCUAUUUAUAACUUUUUUAUGUGUGAUGCCUCUAUGUAAAAUGACACACAGCAAAGUUUUGCCUUAGUGAUUCAAGGGACAAUCUUCCAUAACUUUGGUCGCACGCCGCAUCCUGCCCAGAAAUGCUCAAGCUAAUUUUUCUGGCCUAUUUAUUAAACGAUAUUAAGUGACUUGAUUAAGUGAUAUUGAG